AGCUGCAAUCUUGCGCGUUGGAGGACGUAGUCUUUUCUCCAGAUCAUUGUUAGCACAAAAACUCCAAUUCCCAGUAUGCAUUGUUUGAUGGCGUCGUUGCUUGGAUCCGAGGGAAUGUUUGAACCCGGGAGGUUUGAACGGUGAGUCAGGUGAUGCAGAAUGGCUGUGGUGGGGAGGGGGUCUGGAGCCACGCCCCCGGACCAGUCUGUGAGCCCCGCCCUGGAGCUCUGCCGCAGCUCCACAGAGCUCACCUGUGAGGACUCCCUGGCCUCUGUCUCUCUCCUGUCCACAGGGGGCGUUGUCCGUCCUGUCUGCGAGAGGAGAGGAAGAGGGAGAGAUGGAGCUGAGGAGAGACAGCGGAGGAGAGGAGAGGCGCUGGGUAGCUGGGAGCUUCUCACGGAUCAGGCUGAGUUGGACAACGACCUUGAUCUCUCAGACUUCAGCCGAAGCGAGGAUGGUCUAACAGAAGGAGGUGCUGCCCUCCCUGGGGAGGUGGCAGAGGACCCCCCCGUGUACACGCCCUCUUUCCGCCGACACACCCGGCUGGAGCUCUGCUCGCGGCCUCACCUGGAGCCCCGCCCCCAGGAGCCACGCCCCGCUGUCCAGGCUGAAUCUGAGGAGGUCCAGCCGUUCUGCUUGGACGCGAGCUUCGAUUACGACCGUGUGGAGCUGUCCCACAAACCCCCGGUGCUGUGACCCGACCCGGACCCCCGCCCGAACCUGGGGAGCCCCGCGGAACAUGGACACGGCCGAUUGGUGUGCCCAUGCACCAACGCACCAACGUGCCCGCGUCCUCCCAUACCCAAAUCUUUUCCACCAGCAUUCCUCUUCAGAAGCGUUGUUUUCUAGAACAUUCCUCCGCGCGGCUGGGGCCGCGGUUGGGCAGUCGUUGCUCUUCGCUGUGGGUUAUUUUAUUCUGGGCCGGCCCCCGUCCCGUCAGGGCAGGUGCCCCCCGCGGCUCGCCUGCUCCCUCGCCCGCCCGCUCGCCCGUCUGUGCUGCCUGCAGUAAUGUGGCGGCUCGGCCUGAGAGCGUCUGGCUCCCCCGCGGGGUGAACGCGCCGCGCGGUAAUUAAUUUCACGGCUCUGUGUUCGGCGCCUCGCCGCUCUCUCUCUCUCUCUCUCUCUCUCUCUCUCUCUCUCUCUCUCUCUCUCUAUCUCUCUCUCUCUCCCCGCUGCGUGCCUGUUGCUCUGAAAUAGAAAUGUUCCUGGAAGAGGGAAAGUCAUGUAUUCUGGUACGCAGUUAUGUAAUAAAUUGCACCCGUUUUUCUUUUUCGUUA